AAGCCUCAGUCUGGGUUAGCUUCACUUCAGCGGGAACCUGCCCACAGAGGAGGCCGGUUCUUUCCGGCUCGAGCAGGUCCGGACCCUCCCCUCUGGCGGCUACGCAGUCUCGGAGGCUUGCUCGUAUAGUUCAGGGCCGGACAGCGAGCGGUGGCGGCUGCCACUAAGGUUUGGCUCCAGCAGCUGCUGUUGCCACCACCACUAGUUCAAGCACCAUGCAGUUUACCUCAAUAUCAAAUGCUUUGACCUCCACUGCUGCUAUUGGGCUCUCAUUUACAGCUUCAACGACUACCACUACCACUUUCACCACCAACACUACUACCACAAUCACCAGUGGCUUUACUGUGAACCAAAACCAACUGUCACCAAGAGGGUUUGAAAACCUUGUACCUUAUACUUCAACUGUUAGUGUAGUAGCAACUCCUGUAAUGACAUAUGGUCACCUGGAGGGUCUUAUAAAUGAGUGGAACCUUGAGCUGGAAGAUCAAGAGAAGUACUUUCUUCUCCAGGCCACUCAGGUCAAUGCUUGGGACCGUACAUUGAUUGAGAAUGGUGAGAUGAUUAGUGUUUUACAUGGAGAAGUGAACAAAGUGAAACUGGAUCAGAAAAGGUUGGAACAAGAAUUGGAUUUUAUCCUGUCAGAGCAGCAGGAACUAGAAUUUCUGUUGACUUAUUUAGAGGAGGCUACGAGCAACCAGAGUGGACUUCAUCAUCUGCAGGAUGCAGAUGAGGAGCGUGUGAAGACCUCCACCAGAUCUGCAGAAUUCUGAAUGCCCAUAUGGACUCUCUGCAGUGGAUUGAUCGGAAUUCAGACAUGCUGCGAAGGAAGGUAGAAGAGGUAACACGGGUUUUUGAGGAUCGUCUUCACAAGGAGCAUGCACGCGAUGUCAACACUGCUUUUCAUUGAAUGACCAUAUCUUCAGCAUGUCGUGUCUGGAUUAUUACCUACAAAUUCUGAUGUUAAAUAGAGUAGUAUUUAUACUUAAUAUUUCAUCUUGAUCAUAAUGAAUUGUGCAUCCUUUUUUUUCAUUUAAAUAUUGUACUGUUGAGAAUUAUACCUUAGUUUUGUUUUUAGUAUUAGAAAAUCAAAAUUAUACUAACCCCUUUGUCCAGACAGCAACCUCUUAGAUGUUGACCCUGUAUGUGUAAUUUAUGUCUUACUCUCCCUGGCAUCAGUACACAUCAUCCUUCUCACUCCAGUUGAAUCGUAGGGUGAUGUUUGCCAAAAGUACAUGCCAACCUAUAUAGUGCUAGAUACUGUAAAGUCUCUUCUCAAAGGAACCUACUGUCUAGUUUGAGAUAUAAUUAAUGCUUGUCUGUAUAAAAACAAUAUAGAUAAUAUAAAGAAGUACAUUAUGAGUUAUAGAAAGUGUGUUAUAGAGAUUCAGAGCAGGGAGGAAAAGUUAGGGUAGAUUAUUAUUAAAAGGUUAAGGAAAAGUAAGUUUCAAGGAAUUCGGUUAUUUUUAAUGUAUGGAUAUACUUGCAUUUUAUUUGGUUUUAGCAUAUGAUUUAUAGUUGGUGAUUUCUGUGUAUUUGUUUGCUUUUUUUUUUUUUUUUUUUCAAUAAGCCUUGUUCUUAGGUUUGGAACAGUCUGGUCUCCUGUGUUUCAUGUUUCACCUAAGUCAUAAAUAAAGGUAAUGUCCUGAAAAAAAAAAAACACGUAAUACUGAAGUUAACUAUUAAAAUUUUUAAGUGGAUAGA